AUGGUCACUUAUCUCAUCGUAGUAGUGUGUUUGGUCUUGGUGGCUCAGGCGAAUUGGGAUGGGAACUUAAACUACAAGUCUCCAUCUCGGAGACAUCCGUCUCUCGGAAUCGAUGUACCUAAAGUGGUAAAGAGGAGUUUUGAGCCUCGAGCAUGGGAUCCAGCGCAGCUGAACUUUACGCAUGGAGUUGCGUCAGGCGAUCCUUAUCCUGAUUCAGUUGUUCUUUGGACGCGUAUUUCGCCAACAAUGGGUAACGAUAAGUCAAAUGUGACGGUUGAAGGGAACGUUCCUCUGUAUAGCCAUGAUACGGAGACCUACAUCAAAUCCUCCACGAAUCCUGUCUGCGUUGAAUAUCAGAUCGGCUCCGACAAAAACUUGGCCAUCGUUGUUGACAGGGGCACAGCGUACACCACUUCGGAUAUUGACUACACUGUCAAGGUCGAAGCGAAGAAACUCACACCAUUUACUCAGUACUACUACCAGUUCACUGUCUGCGGUUCGAGCAACAAGAGUCCACUUGGUCGAACGAAAACAGCUCCAGCGGUAAAUGAUGACAUCUCAAAUAUCGGGCUCGCUGUCUAUUCUUGCAGCAACUACCCAAAUGGGUAUUUCAACGCUUAUGGCAAUGCUGCGCGAAAAGACAAGGUUGACUACGUGCUCACUAGAAUACCGAUUCACCUGGGGGACUACAUCUAUGAGAGCGGUAAGGGCACGCUGGGCAAAGACCCAAGAGCUACGAAUCCGAAAGGGGAGAUUUUCACUCUCUAUGAUUAUCGAACCAGAAUCGCCCAAUACCGAACGGAUCUCGACCUCCUUCUUUCGCACCGUCAAUUCCCCUGGAUCCCCGUAUGGGACGACCAUGAAGUCUCGAAUAACGGCUACCGUGAUGGCUCAAGUAACCUCAAUAAUACCGAAGAUUCCUUCCUCAAGCACGGUGGAGUUUCCGUCGACCAACGCAAAAUGAAUGCCGUUCGCGCCUAUUUCGAAUGGAUGCCGAUCAGGCAAGUCGAUAUGGACGAUAAUUUGCGCAUCUGGCGGAAUUUUCAGAUGGGCAAGCUGUUCGAUUUGGUGAUGCUAGAUACACGGAAUUAUGACCGGAGUAUUACGACGCUCGGGUGGAAUGACCAGUAUGUGGAGGAGUUGAGGGAUGAUGCAGGGAGAACGUUGAUGGGGUCGAGGCAAGAGAAUUGGUUUUUUGGGCAGCUGACGAAGAGCAAUAACAGAGGCGCUGUGUGGAGAAUUGUUGGGAAUCAGAUUAUCUUUUCGAGAAUUAAUGGGUCGUCGGUGAGGCCGGGGAGCGGGGUGAAUGCGGAUCAGUGGGAUGGCUACACUGCCUCCCGCAACCGCACACUCUCCCACCUCUACACCAACAAAAUCCCCAACACCAUCAUGCUCUCAGGCGACAGCCACGCAAACUGGGUCUCCGACCUCGUAUGGCUAGACACCAAACCGUACGAUCCAGUCACAGGAGCUGGAUCCGUAGGCGUGGAAUUCGCCGGCACUGCCGUAUCGUCCACCGGUUUCGGCGGCGGCGGCACCAUUGCAAGCGCGAAUAAGAAAUCUACCGGAUUGAUUAGGGACAACAAAGAGUUGCAGUGGAGUGAGGGAUAUUACCGAGGAUACUACGAGCUGCACAUCUCAUCUAGUUCACUUACCGCGAAUUACUACGGAUGUCCAACCGUGGCAACCCGGAAUCCGUUCGAAAUUAGCCUUGCAAAUUUCACAGUGAAGGCGGGGGAUAAUUGCCUGCUGCGCUCAGUUGCGAAUGGAAGUGUAGAGUCUGGGGCAUUGCAGAAGGGGAGUGUGAAGCAGACGAAUUUGACGCUGGAUACGGAGACGGGAAUGUGGAAUAUUACGCGGUUUGAACAGAUGUUUAUUCAAUAUUGA